UCUAUGUGGAGGCGUAAUGUAGACUAUGCUAACACAGAGUUCCAAUCUUUUCUAUCAAAGUCUACAGUGAGGGUUCUACAAGAAUGCAUUUGGUUUUGUACUCUCACACAGCAUUGCCUGUUUGCAACAUUCUGCAGCUCAACACAAGAAUGUAAGCUUUACUCUUUUCUGGAAGGACAAGUACCAGUAGCUAACACGUCAUUCUGGAAAGCUUCUCAGCAAUGUGUUGAAACGGAGGACGGUGAAGAACUUGGAUUCUUUUAUAUGCAUGUGCCGUUUCAUCAAGCUAAUAGGACAUGUGUGAGCUUCAAAGGACAUCUUGCUAUACUGGACAGCAUUGAAAAGCUGGAAGAAUUCAGAUUGAUCUUGAAUCAGAAGUCAGAAUCACAGUCUGAGAAACACUGGUGGAUUGGUGGAGUAAACACAAUCAGUGGAUGGGAAUGGAUGAACGGACAACCUAUGAACACUUCGAGAAGCUUCUGGGCCGGCAUUAAUCCUUCUGGUAAUGGAGAAUGUGUUCGGUACGGUUUACUAAACAAAUUCGAUGAUGUUCAUUGUAAAGCCCUAUGCCCAUUCGUUUGUGUGAUCGACCAAACAAACUGUUUUGGAUAAUGUUUUAAGAGCGAAAUUUGAACAUAAGCGUUCAAUCAUCACGAACUAAAUUGUAGACAAAUAUUCGACGAAAUUGUAGCUUUAAGAAAACAUCAGAUUUCAAACUGUACAUUAUUUAUUGGCCAUGAUGGGGUAAUGUGACGUCUUGCUUUAUCAUUCAAUUGUCAAAUGAUGCUGAUUUCGACUUCUCAAUAAA